GUGGUUUGGAAGCUGUAUCAAAUGAACGAAAUGACGGAAGAAGAGCUGGCCAUGGUGAUCAACGACGACGCCAAAGCUGCAAGGAGCAAAACAGCAUCGACUUUGCUUAUACGAUUGUCCUUUAUAAACGAAGAGCAAACACACGACGUCAGUUGUUUGUCGGAAUCACCGAUCACCAGUCGAACGUCCGCUCGCCUCGUUGCACGGCCAAUGCCAACCACCGCGGAAACACCACCUCAUUCAGACAUUGUUUACAUCAAUCGAACGACGUCAUCUGACCUCAAGGAGGAGUCGGAAAACACGAUGGCGUUGUUUGGCUUUGAUGCAGCAGGGUCCCACUACUGA